CGCUUGAAGUUUUCCGCACUAGACGACGAUAUUUACGCUUCCUCCGACGUAUGCUUUUUGAUAGUGCGCGGCUGCGUUCACGAUAGACAGCACGAGAUGUUUUUACUUCACUGAUCAUUUAUUUAUUAUUAUCAAUUAUCCACUCCCCUCUAAUGUUUUACUAUUUAUUUAAUUACAUUGUAUGUACGAGCAUCAAUUGUCCGUUACUAAAAGUAUCUCUUCGGAUUGAUCGUUUUCUUUGGUAUCCGACUUUUAUACUAUACCCGCAUCUGAAUGAAAAGUAGAUCAACUAUAGGUCCCAGAUUGUAUAUACACUAGAGAAUUGCUAGGUUGAAUCAUUGUUGUCUGGGGGAUAUCUUGAAUUUAUUAGUACUUUAUGCUCUAAAAGCAAUAUGACAGAAGUAAUCGAUUUGGUGCUCUCUAAGGGUAGUGUUUUUGUGUGGAAUGCCACAGAUUGGUUGACAUUACGACGUGAUCAUAGAGUAAUUGGAGAGUUAAUAGGCUGUCUUCCUAAAUUACCAAGACAAGAAGUAUUUAUGGGACUACCUAUGUUAUUAUUACCAGAGGAAGCUACGCUCUUGCUUGAAAAGAGCAUUGCUCGAAUUGUUUCUUAUCCACAUUUGCAAAAACCACCAACUGAAUCAUUGAAGAUGGUUUUCAAAGAAUAUAGAGAUAGAUUAUUUAUUGAGCAAGAAGAAUGUUUGCGGAAAGAAAGAAAAGAGCAGAUAAUGACAAUGAUGGACAGAAUAGUAGAAGGAAAGAAAAGGAAAUUACUUGGCAUCAAUACAGGAAAAAAGAAAAUGAGAAAACCCCUUGAUAUGGAAAAACAGGAAUCCUUAAAAAAGAUCGAGAUUAACAGGGAAGCCUUAUUUAACGAGGAAAUGGCUAAAUUACCUAAGCUCGAAAAAAGUGAAGCUCUUGUACAGACUCAUACUGCUGAUCCAUGGCUGAAGGAAGAAGAUAUUAAAGUGGUACAGUGGAAGUAUCCCACAUUGUCUAAAGAAAUCCUCAGGUAUAAAACAUACAAGGAUCUUUGGGAGCAAGGAUAUUAUAUUACAAGUGGAGAAAAAUUUGGUGGUGACUUUUUAGCUUAUCCAGGUGAUCCUAUUAUGUUCCAUUCACAGUUUAUUAUUCAAUGUAAAGACAGAAAUGAAGAAAUGUCCAUUCCUGAACUUGUGGGACAGUGUCGCAUAGGCUGUCAUGUUAGAAAAACCCAAGUCUUUGCUACACUUUCAGAAAAUGGAAAUGACCUAAAAUAUCAAUCCUUUCAGUGGGCAGCAUCGAAUGUAUCGUAGGAAGAUAAAAAUAUGUCUCUGCUUU